GAUGCGCAUUGGGUGAACUGAUCGUCAAGAUCCCUGGCAGGUCGCUCAAUGUGACAGGGGUCUCUCCAAGAAACGUGCCGUUCCACACUACGGCGCGUCAACGUCGACGUCAUAGCGAUGCAUAUCUGCUCCCAACCUCCUUGCUUGCUUAUAGAGUCAGCACGGCCACAUCUCAUGUUUUUCAUUCUGUCCUCGUCAGAUUUUUGACACGUUUUCGACCUUUUGUCUUGUACACUACGAGUUCACCGUUGACAUUUCAACGUUCACCCGCCACCUAGUGCAAUACUAGUUUAGUCGUAACGGUCGAAGAUCACCAAUCCCAUCAUGUCUGGCACACGUGAAAAGCCGCUCCAUGAGCUCCUCUCCCGCUCUAUGGUCGACAUCUACGUCGGUGAGGAGAACACCCACUGGAUCCUUCACGAGAAGCUUCUCUGCCAUCACUCGCCUUUCUUCCGCAAGAUCUUCUAUGCGAAGGACAGCACAACAGAUUCCUUCGGCCUCCCCGAGGACGAUGACAAUGCCUUCAAGACCUUGGUCGGCUGGCUUUACUCCAGCUCCCUCCCCGUUCCCCGCGAGGAGUCCGACUUGGGCGUGCUCUUCGACCUGUACUUGAUGGCCGAGAAGUUCCAGAUUCCCAACCUGAUCGCCGACGUCCUCCAGGUCGUUCGUGAAUGGUACAAGUUCAGCGAUUCGUACCCAGGCCUGCGUCGUGUGCAGUACAUCUACGCCAACACUGAGAACGGCAGCCCUAUGCGCCACAUGCUCGUGCACUCGAUCGCGCGCAUGAUGGUGCUCGAGAAGGGUCUCCCUGCGCACUGGGACAAGGCGUUGCGCAAGAACGGCCAACUUGCUGUUGACGUUAUCUGUGCAAUCCAGGACUGGCGACUUGACGAGGAAGUCGUCCCUGAUGCGCGUGACGACCCUGCCGAGGGUGAGGAGCUCAUCGACGUCGAGGAGGAAAUCAAGCAGAAUGACGCCGAGCUUGAGCAGAAUGCUGAUAUCGAGGACAACGCAUCCGAGUCUGUCGAAGAAGCCGAGGCCGAGGAGCAGGAGGAAGAAGAGGAGGAAGAGGACGAUGCUGAGGAGACAGACGAUACUGUUGUCGGCAGCCCAACGCAGAGCAAGCACGACAUCUCCAAGUCCGACAAGAAGGCCACCAAGGGCGCUUCUGACAAGGUCGAUGACCUAAAGAAGGAUUUCAGCAAGUUCAGCCUCAAUGCUGUGCCCAACGGUCUUACCAACGGUGACUUCGGCUCGCUGAAGGCCUAGAUCUGUUGACGUACAACUUAACUAUGCUGAGGCUCAACCACUUCCAGGCUCAACCACUUUCAAGCUCGACCACUUCCAGGCUCGACAAUCCCUCCCUUUGAGCGCAGGCUCGCUUUGGUAAAAAUUUGCAUGAUGGAAACGAGACAUGUUGCAUAAAGGCGUCCAGGUUGCUAUUUGGAUUUCGAAACGCUCAAUAUUCUCAGUGUACCAUAUCUUGACAUCUUGGCUUGCAAUUAAAACCCUAGUUCCAAUC